GGCCAAAAUGAGUCUGUUUGGAACCACCUCGGGUUUUGGAACUAGCGGGACCAGCAUGUUUGGCAGCACAACCACAGACAAUCACAACCCUAUGAAGGAUAUUGAAGUGACAUCCUCUCCUGAUGAUAGCAUUGGUUGUCUAUCUUUUAGCCCGCCAACCUUGCCAGGGAACUUUCUUAUCGCAGGAUCGUGGGCUAACGAUGUUCGCUGCUGGGAGGUUCAGGACAGUGGACAGACUAUUCCAAAAGCCCAGCAGAUGCACACUGGGCCUGUGCUAGACGUCUGCUGGAGUGAUGAUGGGAGCAAAGUAUUUACAGCAUCAUGUGAUAAAACUGCCAAAAUGUGGGACCUCAACAGUAAUCAGGCAAUACAGAUUGCACAGCACGAUGCUCCUGUUAAAACCAUACACUGGAUCAAAGCACCCAACUACAGCUGUGUAAUGACCGGGAGCUGGGACAAAACUCUGAAGUUUUGGGAUACGCGGUCAUCAAAUCCUAUGAUGGUUUUGCAGCUCCCUGAGAGGUGUUACUGUGCCGACGUGAUCUAUCCUAUGGCCGUGGUGGCAACUGCGGAGCGGGGCCUGAUUGUCUACCAGUUAGAGAACCAGCCUUCUGAAUUCCGGAGGAUCGAGUCUCCACUGAAGCAUCAGCAUCGAUGUGUGGCUAUUUUUAAAGACAAGCAGAACAAGCCGACUGGUUUUGCCCUGGGCAGUAUCGAGGGGAGAGUUGCUAUUCACUACAUCAACCCCCCAAAUCCUGCCAAAGAUAACUUUACCUUUAAGUGCCAUCGAUCUAACGGAACCAAUACUUCAGCUCCUCAGGACAUCUAUGCGGUAAAUGGAAUCGCAUUCCAUCCUGUCCACGGCACCCUUGCAACUGUGGGGUCUGAUGGUAGAUUCAGCUUUUGGGACAAAGAUGCCAGAACAAAACUAAAAACUUCAGAACAGUUAGAUCAACCGAUAUCGGCUUGCUGCUUCAAUCACAAUGGAAACAUAUUUGCGUAUGCUUCCAGCUACGACUGGUCGAAGGGACAUGAAUUUUAUAAUCCCCAGAAGAAGAAUUACAUCUUCCUGCGGAACGCAGCUGAAGAGCUGAAGCCCAGGAACAAGAAGUAGUGGCCAGAGGCGCCUGGGCUGCAGAGCUCUCUCUCGUCUCUGGACGAGUUGGGGCCCAGCUUCUGGGGGGUUGUCAGCCACGGACACGGACUUCAGCCCCGGGAGAGAACAACGCCGUUGUGGAGCGGUCGGGAGCCCAGUGGCCGAGGUGACUGGCCGUCUCCAUUCCACUGCCUGUUACAGGUUCCUUCUGUAACUCCAAGGAGACUGACGACAUGGUAGAGGUGACGUUCUUCUGGGCGACUGCCAGGUGUCGUGAGUGCUUCCUUCAGCAGUGUACAUGUUAGAGAACAGUGGGAAGCCGUCUGUGAACCUGUACUGUAUUUUGUAAUAAAAUGUUUUGAAAAUUGUCUACUA